AGGUAAUAAGAUUAGUUACGUAUAAACUAUUGAUUACUAUGAAGUGUUUUCUCUUUUUUGGUGUUUAUCUGUUUUUAAGCUUGGCUUGGCCUAGCUUGGGAGCAUCGGCUAGAAGUGAUGGCGUUGUAUUCUGCUACUACGGCGAGUGGGCCAACGAGCGAGCCUCGGCCGGCCGUUUCGGCGUCAGCGACCUGCCCACAAACCUCUGCACGCACAUCGUCUACUCUUUCCUCCUGCUAGACGGACCCACUGGGAACAUUAUUGCCCCUAAGCCUACUUCUAAUGAAGGGAAGACCAAUUACGUCGCCGACCUAAUAGCCUUGAAAGAGAUCAAUGCUGAUUUGAAAAUCUUAGCUGCAAUUGGCGGCUGGAGUGAAGGUUCCGACAAUUUUUCACCUGUGGUCAACGAUGACGCGUUAAGGGCGAACUUCGUCAAGAACUUGUACGAAUACAUCGACAGCAAUGGUUUCGAUGGUUUGGAUUUGGAUUGGGAGUACCCUUCGCAAAGAGGAGGAUUGGAGACAGAUAAGGAAAAGUUCGUGUCAUUGGUGAAGGAGUUGAAGGAAGCGUUCACACCUAAAGGAUACCUUGUGACCUCCGCCGUGGCCGUCACCCAGGCACACAUUGACCUGUCUUAUGACGUCACUGCACUCAAUGAACACUUGGACUACAUAAACCUGAUGACGUACGAUCUCCACGGCACCUGGGACACUGAGACUGGCGCUAACGCCCCUCUUUACCCUCAGGAGACCGAUGCUCCUACUCUCAAUUUGAACGUCAACAACUCAGUCCACGUCUGGAUCAACAACGGCGCGUCGCCAUCUAAGCUGCUGCUCGGCCUCGCAAACUACGGGAAGUCCUUCACCCUGACCAGUCUGGAGAACACCGGCACUGGAGCACCCUUCGAUGGCGCUGGAGCCCCCGGCCCUUACACUGGGGCGGCCGGGACUUUGGCUUACUAUGAGAUCUGCGAAGACCAGCAGAACAAUCCAUCUGAGUGGUCCGUUACUGAGGUAGAGGGCAAUUACGUGUAUGCCAACAAGGACCUCCAGUGGGUCGGCUAUGACAAUCCUAACACAAUCUACGCUAAGGCGAGAUAUGCCAAGGAGAUGGGUCUAGGUGGCAUCAUGUACUGGGCCGUGGAUCUGGAUGACUUCAGCGGCCUCUGUGGAUCCAAGUACCCACUCAUCUCAGCUGGUGUCAACGGAUACAACUCAUGCCACUAGACCAAGAAACAACGGCUCUCGUAGAAGCACUGAAAAUAUAAUGAAGCAAAUUUGAAUAAUUUAAAAAAUGACACCUACAACUGACGUAUAGCAAGAUUAGCAAGACAUGGCAUGACGUCACAAUGUGACCACACUUCGAGAAUUGGAUUUUAUUUUGUUACAAAAUUAACAAGAUUUAAGUAUGUAGAAUUUUAAGACCUGAAUACGUUCAUUAUAUUCUUCGUCCUUAAUAGAGUCGACAUCACUUAUUUUGUAUUACGUUCAUUGAAAUAACCUGUAUAAUCAACUUGUGCGCGGGUCGCAAUUUGUGUUUUACUUAGUAACAACAUUUUAUUACCUAUGUGUAUCUUUUAUGCAGUCUUUCUACACUGAUUUGUAAAUAUUAUAUGAUUUAACUGAU